GUCCCUUCCGGACACCCGUAGAGGAUUUGUUGUGGUUUGUAGCAGUAGCAACACCAGGAAGUCUUUUGCUUUUUAUCAUCUUUAUCUUGUUUUAAAGGCUGUAACUAAAAUGUGAUUCUACUAGUAAGUUACAUUACUGAUGCAUAUGCUCAAAAAUCUAAAUAGCCAACAAUUAAUUUAGGUAUCAUAACCAUGUUAUUGCUGCAUGGUGGUGCUACGAAGAAGCUAACUUAACAACUGCAGAGUAAACGCCAGAACAAUGCUACCAAGGCACUGUGCUCUCCAUGGAGCUUUUGGAUAAUGUCCAUGAUCCUGUUUGCUUUUGUGGUUCGAGUGAGGGAUGGACUCCCUCUGUCGGCCUCUACUGACUUUGAACACAACCCAGAGCUGCAGGAGCGCAAACACCAGCUCCGCACCAUCAGCAAGGCCCUGGGCCGCUUCCCAGACAGAGGCACUGUCAAGGGCCAGCAGCUCCACAUUUACUUCACCUCCUCUGAGGGUGUAUCCUACAUGACCGUGUGUCACUGCAGCCUCCCUGUAGCUAAGGCCUUCUGCUUUCUGGAAGACUUGCGCUGGGAGUUCACAGCAUGUUUCAGCAGUUCCGUUGUUUCUUUGGCAGCCAGGCCAUAUCCAUUUUUAGAGUUUGACAGUACUAUUCAGAGGCUGAAACAGCAGUACAACCAGUGUGGUGGUCCAGCCCUGGAGGUGACAUUGGCUGAAGUCCAAGAUGAUUUGAAAAUCCACCCACCUCAAAUUAUCACCUUUGAGGAGGUGGAGUUAAGCAAUGGCAUUGCUAAUGGGCAUUUAGAGCCUGCUUCUGGGUCUGGACAAAACAUAAGACUUGAACCAGUGACAGCUCCUGGAGUCCUUUCUCUCGUCCUCAAUAUUGUGUGCGCAUCUCUGAACUUGAUCCGUGGAGUACACCUUUUUGAAUACACAUUCCAGGAUGAUAAUGAUGGUAUUUGGAAUGUUGUGGCAUUUCUUCUGGCAUUUAUCAGUGGCAUUUGUCAGUGCCACCUGUAUGUGUUCCAUUCCUCUCUGAAGAAACUGAAAUCUUUCACUCUGCUCAGUGUGAUCGUCUUAUGCAACUUGUACCUGCUCGGCCUGAGGAACAUGUGGCAGCUGGCUUUCCACAUUUCUGUCGCUUCCUUGUCCACAGUUCUCAUUCUCUCGCGCAAACUUCAAGACAAGAUCAAUGACUGUGGUGUGUGAGAGGGCUGAGUGGCUAUCUAUUUUUGGUGUUUUUAUUUCUUCUGUUAAUUCGAGGUAAGAUACUUCAUGAUGUUAAGGGCUUUAGUUGACAAUUUUUCGUGAGCUUAAUAUUUUUAACAACUUUACCAUGCACUUCAUAUGUAUGGUUUUCCACACUGUAAAAGAGAUAUAAGUAAUCACACUUCUUCUCUUGUUUUUUUAAAAAGCUGACAUGGCAUUUCAUUUACAGCUUUUUAAAUUAAACUUAUUCUCUGCUGGAACAUUCCAAAGUUUUACAUUAAGAACAAUAGAUUGCAAAGGAGUUGCCAAGAUGGUGAUGCUAUACAAUCCUUUCGUAAAACCAAAUGUGGGGUCUGCUGGGUACAUUUAACUGCAUUCUUCUAUUUAUACAUAAUAGUUUGAAAACAUUGUAGUUGAUGAAUACAACAAUUUUGGGACGUAUUUAGGUUUUCAUUGGAAUUUGUUGAAUGGACAACUUUUUACAAAUGUCUGUUUAGCUUAAAAACUAAUUCUAUAAAUAGUUUUACAGUUCUGACAUUUACACUAGUGACAGGUUUGUAUGCCAUGUGUUUUUAACCAUUUAAAAUGUAGUCUAAUGUUUAGGAAUUUAAGACAUCAUAUAAGCAAAAAACAGCAUUACAAAAUGAUUUAACGGAUUGCACUGAUUUUUGUAAUGUAAUGUUAAUGAUAUUAUUUAAACUUGGCUGCACUAGUAUUUGCCUAUGAUGGUGAGAUCUUUUUCGAAUGUUGUCCGCUUAAGCUUAACACACUUUAUAUCUUUAGGACAUCAGGGGGUUUUGUACUUAUUCUUAAUUUUAUUUUUUUUUGUUCUGUUUGUUUAUUGAAGCAUACAAUAGGAGGUGGAUGCAUUGGUAGAGCUGCUAAUAGACUGCAAUGUUAAUAAGCUUGUAGAAAGUUUUUUUUUUUACUGUAGUUGCACUGUUAGAUGGAAAAACAGGAAAAACUUAAUUUUUAAAUAGUAAAUUAUCAUUACCCAUCCAAACUACACUUUCCUUGAAACAAAUAUGUUGUAUGUAGGUAUGUAGAUUACCUGACAAAAUCUGUACAACUAUGUAUAUUCAUAUACAAGUACAUGGAGAGAGUGUCAAAUGACUUACCAACACUGAUUUUACAAGUGCUGUCCCUGGAAGAUCAAAUAUUUUGGACCAAUUGAAUGUGAAAUGGAAGUGUAUUUGGAUGAAGAACAAAUUAAAUUGUGAUUAUGAAGGUUCGUAAAUUAUCUGAAGUUGGGGUUUGCAUAUUAUUACAUUCAUGGUUGGCUCCAGUCAAAUUAUAUUUAAUACGACAUGCAUUGUGUUUGCCAAAUACACUGUUUAUACAUAACUUUCUAUACUGAGGUAUAUCUGACAUUUCAAUAAUAAAUCUAGCCUUUUCACAAACUGAA